AGUAAUCUGCUUUCGCCCGUUAUGGAUACUCUGAAUCAGCAAAGCGAGAGAGUGGACGACAGACAUAAAAAAUGUGUACUAUCAGAUUCUGUUUAUUCGUAUCAACAUGAAUACAAGAGAGUCAUCCUGCUAUAAGUCAUACAGAAUAUGAUAACGAAAGGAAGAUACUGUACAUAAACGAUUUUUUAAAGCUCUCUGCUAAUUUAUCUUUUCAAAUAGAUUUUGAAAUGGAAUGAAGAAAUUUCACAUUUCUCUUUCUUAUCAGUCAUAUUGUCAAGGUUAAAGUCACUGACGGUGUAAAGAGUGAUGGGAUAUGGAAAUCGCAACAAAUUUGAAAAAUAGUCAUCAGCUCAAACUAUUUUUAAAUUCACUUUCUCAAAUUAUCGUCAAACGUUGUAUCGAUAAAACUGUCAUUUUUUCUCUUUCCAUAUAAGCGAGCAUCACUUACUAAUUUAUAUUCUCAUCUCAUAGUAUUAUUCAUCGUGUCACCAAGGAGCGCAGUAAAUACUGAAAUGAAUCUCUUCUCGUUAGACUUCACUUUCCAAAUGUCAUACUGACGUGUCAAUUGCAUUAUAGUUGGCUAAUGACAAUCUUUUACGUGUAUCGUUAGAUCCAAAACACGUAGAAGGUAUCAUAAAGUUAAAUGUAUAGGCAAAUAUUAAGUCUUUUUUUUCUGAACGCAUCUACAAAAACUCAAUGGACUGUCUGGCACGAAAGCUUAAACCGGUUUAAUCGUCAGUAAUUACAGAUAAGUAUGUGUCUGCUGACCGGCAUAACCCUACAAGAGCAAUACAAUAAAAUAGAAAUAACUAAGAAUCAUAUUAACAAAACCACAAGUUACCGUUGCGUGUUCAUAGUGCAGACACCGAAUAGGUUACCUACUUACAAUUAGUACAAGCAGCACACACAUGAUUGACACGAUGAGGCAUAGUGCAAAAUUGUCUAGGAUAUUUUUGAUGUUACAAGGAGGACAGAAAAUAUAUUUUUUACUUUUAAUUAAAUACUUUGCACAUAAAAUCAUAUUAAUUCAAUUAAUAAACGUAAUUUCAAUAUUGACACAGUGCUUUAUCUAUUUGAAUAACAAAUCUGAUUUUGUAUGUGUAUCAGAUACUCGAGUAUUAAUAAAUAUACAACUAUAUGCUAAUGCCUGUACAUAUAAGUUUAGCAGAUAGAAAAGUGUCAGGCGGUUAUCCUGAAAUAAGGAUUAUGACAGAAAGUAUGAAAUAAAAGUGGAGGCAAAAAUGCGUCUUAAAUUAUAAUAAAAACUGUUGUUAAUAAUCCUUGAAAAAUUACCAUGGCCAACAAUUACUGAGAAUCAGACCUUUAAAGUAUGCUUGUUAUGUUUUAUGCAAUACCAGCCAGUAAAAGAGUCUAGCAACUAGUGCAGGCACCUAUUCCACUUGACCCAGACCGUUGACAAAAAUAUAUGUCAUAAAUACUAAAAGGUCAGUUGACCAGACUCAAAGCGAAUACUCAAACUUCUCGGUUAGCUGAUAUCGUAUUUAAACAGCUGAAUGACUUGCAUCACGUUACCGUACAUGGUCCCGUGUCCAAUCAUCCUCAUUUUGUACCGCUAUGCAAUGACUCUUAGCUUUUUCCUAUAAAACAGUAAAUAGCCGCUUUUACACUAAGCCAAGCGAAAGCUCAUACAUUCAAGGGUAGGACGUGAGAAAUCGAAUAAAAAUUUGAUUCGCUGCAUUUAAAUUAAUUCUCAAAAUGUUCACUCAUAUAUCAAUCUGAUUGUAAUCACGUCUAUUAAAUAUAAAUAAGUACGUUAUCACAAUUAAUAUCUUGGCCCACGUUAAACAAAAGAUACUUGUAUAAAUACAUAUUACAAAAUCGAUUUAAAGUACUUACCUGUAUUUACUUUUGUUAUCAUAUUAAAGAUCAACGUUAUACGCUAUCACUGUAUCAAGUUAGUCUUAUGGUAUUUUUACUUAGCUAUGGGUACUUGAUUUGACUUGACAUUAGUCACGUCCCUACAUAGAGGCGAAUCGAAGCUACGGUACGUUAUACAUAUAAUUAUGGUAGAUUACUUCCAUCGUCUACCGUAUGUACCAUGUUCGUGUAGCACAUGCGGCUGCUAGGGUCGUCCCUAGUGCUCAGUCAGCAUUUGGAUACGGAGCAGUGACAACUCGUCAUGGAACCUGGACAAGAAGCUGCCAAGAACACCGUGUGGAAACAAUGCAAGGAUUUGCUGAUGAACGUGCAUCUCAAUUUUGACUGUUUAUUUUACCGAAUAGGACUGAGCAUAGGUACAAAACCUUGGCUAUGGUUAAUAGCAUCACUGUGCGUGAGUGGAGUCUGCGGUCCAGGUAUAUUAUUAUGGAAGGAAGAGAUCGACGAUGUUGAGCUUUUCAUUCCGUUGGACUCAGUUGUUCGUGCAGAUGCAGAUUGGGUCAAAAAACAUUUCCAUCAUGAUCUCAGAUACGAAAGUAUCAUUGUCAUUGCUCCGAAUGUAUUGGAUCCAGAAGUUCUGAAGGCGAUCAGUGACAUGGAAGAUGCUGUAAAAGAUAUAGUAGUGAAUAACCAAACUUGGCGUGACGUAUGCGCAGGGUAUUUUACAUGGUUUCAAUCCGACGUCGUUGAGGAGCCUUUGAUCGAGCCUGAAUUCAUUGGUGGAUUCUAUGAUAAGUUGAACAUGAGUUCAUUGGAGAAUAAAUGUAUAUAUCAGUCAAUUCUAGAAAUAUGGUCCAAUGAAAAACUUAAAGACAUUCAUAAUUUUACAAAGGAGGAAAUAUUAAACGACGUAAACAAAGCAUUCAGAAACACAACAAAUAACAAUAUGCUUUUGGAUAUCGCAGCGUUACUCUCCGAUAUGCAGUUUGACGAAUCUGGAAGAGUAACUGGUGCGACAGCCACGAUACUCAAUUGGAUAUUAAAGAAAUCAAAUCCACAUUCUGCAGAAUGGGAAUUGGAAUUCAUUGAGAAAGUUUUAUAUUCGAAUCGCAGUUUACCAGAAGGGAUGCAUGUGUAUGCUGUCGCCUCCAGAAGCUUUACUGACUUUCUUCACCAAGUGCUCAAUAACAAUAUGACAAUCCUAUUUUGUGGAUUAUCAUUAAUAGCUAUUUACGUAAUAAUCAUGAUAGGUCGGUGCAACAUAGUGCAGCAAAGAAUUUACUUAUCAAUAGUUGGAGUGUCAGUGGUCGGUCAGGCCAUUUUAUCUGCCUAUGGACUUUGUUACUAUAUGGGAUAUUACUAUGGUCCCAUACAUCCAAUAUUGCCAUUCCUCUUAUUAGGUAUUGGUGUAGAUGACAUGUUUGUUAUUAUGCAGAGUUUGGAGAAUUUAUCGGAUAGUGAUAAAUCACAGAAGAUCCCAUUGAAAAUAGCAAAGGCAUUGCAGCAUUCAGGAAUGUCAAUAACACUAACGUCCAUCACAAACAUAGUAGCCUUUGCCAUUGGAAUUACAACUGUGAUGCCAUUCCUUGAGUCAUUCUGUGCUUUUGCCACGUUGGGCAUCCUCUUCUUGUACAUCUUUGAGAUAACAUUCUUCGUAAGUUGUCUGGUCUUCGAUGAGAGACGACUGGAGUUAAAUAAAGAAGGUUGUUGCUGUCAACGAAAGCAACAAUGGAUACCAAAUGAAUGUAGCCAACGUAACACACAGCAAGAAAUAUUUAAGAGAUACAUUGGACCAUUUGUCAUCAAGCCAACAGUUAAAAUGAUUGUGAUAUUUCUGACUGGCUGCUUCUUAACUGUAAAUAUCUAUGGAAUAUUUCAGCUUGAACAGAACUUCGAUCCCCUGUGGUACUUAAAUCAAGACUCGUAUCCUAUACAAUUUCACAACAAACUGAAGGAAUAUUUUCCAAAAUAUGGCAAGAGAGCUGGAAUUUAUAUGGCAGGUGUCGACUACUAUGAAGAUGAAACAGAAUUAGCUUUGCUGAUGAAUGCUCUGCGAUAUAAUCCUUACGUUAAUAAUCGUACAGUUGACUCCUGGUUCGAGGGAUAUCAGAAGUGGCUCAACAAGACAAAUAAGGAGAUUGUCGAUCGAGAUGAAUAUUUUGGAUACCUCUCAGAAUAUUUGCUGUUCACUCUUGAAGGUCAAGCUUUUAUUAAGGAUAUCAAGUUUGAUCGAUUACCAAUAGAUGAUUACAAUAUUACUACAUCACAAAUUCAAAUACAGCAUAUACUGCUCAAUACAACGUCUGACCAAGUACAGGCUAUGGAAUCAAUCAGGAAAACUGUGAAAGCUGUAAACUUCACUCAAAGUCAUGCUCAUGUUGCCAUAUUUUCACCGGAUUAUGUAUCUUGGACAGCAAAUAAGAUUAUUGGGGAGGAGCUAAUAAGGAACUUAGGUCUGGAAGUAUUAGCAGUGGCUUUAGUGACAUUAUUGUUAAUACGAAAUUUGCAAGCAUCAUUUUGGGUGAUUUGUUGCGUAUUGUUUACGCUUAUUGAUCUCUUGGGCUCCAUGUAUUAUCUUGGAUUGACUAUUGAAAUUUCCUCAAGUAUCAUGGUUCUACUUUGUGCUGGACUGGCUGUUGACUAUGCAGCUCAUGUUGGAUUGGAAUUUACGCGUGCGACGGGCACCAGGAACGAACGAACUAUUACUACGCUUGCUGUUAUUGGACCUGCUGUAUUUAAUGGGGGCUUUAGUACGUUCCUAGCAUUUGUACUAUUAAGUGCAAGUGAGGCCUAUCUUUUUAGUACUUUCUUCAAAUUAUUUACAUCCGUUGUAAUCUUUGGUCUCUACCAUGGACUACUUUUCCUACCAGUAAUUCUUAGUUUAUUAGGACCCAAAGAAAGGAAGAAGAUAAAUGAUGAGAAAAACUCUACUUUGCAGAAACAAAAUGGAUGCUGGACUGUUCAUACUUCUUCUAAUGGAGAAGAUCUAUCCAUUACGAAUAAGCGGCCAAACAACACAAAGACUGUUUAGGUACCAUAAUUUUUAUACGUACAAGAUUUGUAAUGCAUAAGCCUUGGUAUUGAUAUAAUAAAUAACAAACUCCGAUGUCAA